UUGGAAUCGAACACGUACGGAAAGUUGAGAUUGAGAAUUUGCAGUCGAAUUUGAUCGAAAAGAAGGUUGAGAUUUCAAGAGAUCCUACUCGUACAAGCCAAGUAGUUAUCGCCAGUUCAUAUCCAGGGUCAUCUCCGACAGGACGUCAGAGUUCGUCUGCGUUGCAAUCCUGACCGCUUCCUCUCGCAACCCAGUCCGUCAAGUCCCACGAGCGCCAUGUCCGAGACGUUGAACUUCGGCCCCCAGUGGCUGCGCAACCUGUCCUCAGGCACCAGCAGCAGCAGUGGCAGUGCCCUCACUUCGCCUCCUCCCUCCCCCGGCGUGGGCGGGCCCGCGAUGGCCUCCUCCUCCUCGGCGACGGGCCCGCCCACUACCUCUUCCUCCUCGGGCCCCACCCCCAUGACCCAGUUCAAGCUGGCCGAGCACCGCUAUGGCCGUGAGGAGAUGCUGGCGCUGUACCGCCGCAGCGAGCGCAUGCCGGCUGGCCUGGAGGAGGCGUCCUCCAUCGCCAAGAAGGAGCCGCUGACGCCCAUGGCACUGCUGCCGCUCAAUGAGGAAGAACAGCGGUGUUUGUCACAGUGUGUGAACAGUACAGUGGUGCUACGGCUGACCGGCAGAGGAGGAGGGGGACCAGCAAUAAGAGGGGGUCGGGGAACAGGCCGGGGACGGGGAAGGGGGCGGGGAGAGUUUCAGCGUAACGUCUCAAUGUACGACGAGGAGAGUUCGGGGUUCCCUCGAGGGCGGGAGUUCAAUCGUACCAUGAGCUGGGACGAGAGCCAAGAUCACCGCUUUGACAAGCGCCUGGACUCGCGAAACUUUGAUGACGCAGCCGGGGGACCCCUGUCGCCCCGCAAGCACAUCGAGCGGGGAGGCAGCUCCAGUGACAACUGGCGGUUGCCGCGGGAACGGUCCACGCGGGGCGACGAAGAAGACGAGGGAGGGACAUGGCGGCAGGCGGGGUCGCGCUCCAUGAGGCUGUCACGGGAAGGGGACGACAAUUGGCGCAGUGCAACAGGGUUAUCGAGAACAAGCUGGAACCACCCGAGGGAACGGGAGGAGCAGGGACGGGGCUUGGAGAGGGGGAUGCGGGAGCGCCGCUACAGCGGCCGGUCGCGCCAGGACAGCUGGCACGAGGACGGGAUGGAGGAGAUGCCCGAGUGGACCAUGGACGACCCCUUCGACGGGGACAUCGGGACGUUCGAUUCGUCUGGCGCAUUCUGCUCCACAAAGAAAGCAGACAAGGAUGCAGGAUCCGGGGACUCCAGCAACAAGGAGGAAGGGAAGGAACAACAGAAAGCCAGCGCAGAUGGUAACGACAAACAAGAAUCAUCCGACUCAAAGGAGACUGACAACUCCCCUGAAGCCUCACCUAAGCUGAACAGAUCAGAGAAGGCGGAGCUAAGCGCUAAGAGCGCAGAGACUGAGAGCUUGGAACUGUCCAAGCCCAAGAAAAUCAGUGCCAAGGAGGAGCGUCGGACAAUGGGCCCCUCCCCUAUCACGGUCCAGCUGACGGACAAUGUGGUCAACAGUGGCAAGAAGUUGACCAGCAGCAGCAGUGGCAACAGCAUCGGCAGUGCCAGCGCUGCGGGCGACGGGCCCCCCUCGACCCCGGACCACGCCCCCGCCGCCGUCGCCGCCCCCCAAAACUCAGGGAACCCAACCGACAAGCAAUCCAAGAAGGGCGGGGAUGGAGGGGCGGAGCCAAAGCAGGCAGGUGUGCCCACGGUGGGCGAGGUCAUGGCCCAGGUGGCCAAGGUCGCGCUGGAGGAGGCCGGGAAGGAAGCGGACCCAAGGCCGACCACAGAAGAGCCCCAGGCCUCAUCAGAGAAGACAGAAGAGAGCCCAAAACCAGAGGAGGAAGACGACAGCUUAGCCCAGAUGGAGAAGGACGCAGAGAGCCUGAUGUCAAAACUCAUCGAGGAGGAUGAUGACAAGGGCCCAGAAGAGGAAGAGGUGACCAUGGCCAAGCCUGGGAGCGUCAGCAGCGCGGCCGACAACAAAGUGCUGCCCGUCACCCACGAGCACGCCUUCAGAUGGUUCUACAAGGACCCCCAGGGCUCCGUGCAAGGUCCGUUCAUGUCCAGCGAGAUGGCCGACUGGUUCAGCGCCGGGUACUUCACCAUGACACUGCUGGUCAAGCGGGGCUGCGACGAGGACUUCAUAUGCCUUGGCGAGGUCAUCAAACGGUGGGGACGGGUGCCGUUCAUGCAGGGUCCCGAGCCCCCACCCAUGGGGAAGUUACAGUCACCGAUCACCUCUGACGUCCGGCCAGUACCCCAGCCAGCCCAGCCCCAGCAACAGCAGGUGCACCACGGUCUCCCCCCGCAGCUCUUUGCCCAACACCAGCAGCAGCCACAACAGCAGCAGCAGCAGCAGCCGCCGCCGCCUCCCACACAGCAGCAGAGGGAACACCUGCAACAGCAGCAGCAACAACACCAAGUCUUCCAACAGCUGAUCCAGCAGCAGCAGGCAUUCAUCAGGGUGCAAGCCAGCCGCAUCUACCAGGAGCUGCUGCACCGUGGCAAGUCCUUGACGGCAGCCCAGCAGGCCCUGCUACGCCAGCAGCUCAUCAGCCUACAGCAGCAGCACCAGCUCCUGCUGCAGCAGAUGGCACUGCAGGGCGACCCGUCCCGGUCGGACAUUGCCGCCGCCGCGGCAGUGGUCAGCGAGCAGCAGCAUGCCAUGAUGGGCGGCGGCGGGGGAGGGGCCAGCGGGGGCGGCCGUAGUGGGUCCGGGAGCAGCCCAGUGCCCACGUCCAAAUCAGAGAACGUGAUGGACAACAUCUCAAUCUGGGGCGGACCGCCGUCCAAAAAAGAUGACUGGGACAUUGGCUUUUGGCACCCAUCCAUGGCAAAGGAUGCAAUGGAAGAGUCGAGAAGAGAAAAGAUGAAGGCGAGGGAGGUGGCCCGGCGCCAGGAGGAGGAGCGACGCCAGAAGGACCUGAGGGAGCAGGAGGAGAGACGGAGGCAGGAGCAAGAGCAAGAGGAGGAGAUGAGGAGGCAGCAGGAGAUGGAAUUGAAGAGGCAGGAGGAGCUCAGGAGACAAGAAGAUGUCAGACGCCAGGAAGAGAUUCGGCGGCUUGAGGAGCUGAGACAGGAAGAAGAGAGACGACGCAAACAGCAGGAGGAGCAGCUGAGGCUGGAGCAGCAGCAACGCAAGGAGGAGCUGCGCCGGCAGGAGGAGGCAGCGGCGAGGAAGGUCCAGGAGGACGUGGUCCGGCGUGAGGCCACCCGGCGCGCCCAAGAGGAGGCCGAGAGACGGGCCCAAGAGGAGGUGGCCCGGCGGGCACAGGAGGAGGCCUCCAGGCGGGUCCGGGAGGAGCAGGAGAGGGUCAGACGGGAGGAGGACAAGCAGAAGGAGACGGACAAGCAGCGACACCAGGACAUGAUCAGGCAACAAGAGAUGCAGCGACAGCAGCAACAGCAGGACGCUUUGAGAAGACUCCAGCAGCAGCAGCAACAGUCAAAACUCCCAAGCACAGCAAUGUGGGGUCAGCCCAACACGUCCAGCAUCCCCACAUCUGGCACCCCGACACUGACCCAGAUCCAGCAGAUGCAGCAGGAACAGCGAGACAGGGAGGAACAACAACGCCAACGGCAGCUUCAGGCCCAGAUGUUGCAGCAGGCUCAGCAGCAACAGCAGCAGCAGCAGAGCAGGCCCACAGGCUGGGGAAGCGCAAACCCAGGGAUGAAGGGCAGUGGGCCGCCCCCCAAGUCCCUCCGUGAGAUUCAGGAGGAGCAAGCCCGGCAGCUGAUGGAGCGGAGCAAGCAGCAGGCCGCCAGCAAGCCGCCAGUGUCCAUGUCACUGGGGACGGCCGCUGUGUGGGGCGGAGCCAACACCAACACUGCCUUGAACUGGGGCAGCGACGGCACCGGGGUGUGGGGCGACCCCAAGCCCAAGCCCCCCUCCCAGCCAACAGGCUUCUGGGACGAGGCCGUGGCCAACAACAAUGCCGGGAUGAAGUCACAGAGCAGCAGCGCCAACUUCCCGUCACUUCGCAGCGCCACGCAGUCGGCCCCCAUGCAGCGCCAGCAGUCCACUGGCUCCGGCUCCAAGUCCAGAGUGGCAAAAGAAGAGGAGAACGUCCGUAAGUUGUUCCAGAACAACACGGCGACGGACGAGUUCACCCAGUGGUGCGAGUACAAGCUGCAGGGUUCCGCCGAGUCGGUGGACAUCCCCACGUUCAUAUCAUUCCUACAAGACGUGGAAUCGCCCUACGAGGUGCGCGACUACGUCAAGAUGUACCUGGGCGAGACGCGAGAGAGCAGCGAUUUUGCUCGGCAGUUCCUGGAGCACCGCAGUCGCUACAAGGAGAAGCAGAGGAAACAGCAGGAAAUGGGCAAUAUCUGGGGAGGAGGAGGAGGGGUUGUGAGCGGCGAAUCAUCCUCCCCGCCCUCUUUGUCGCCCCGGCCGCAGGACUGGGAGGAGGGGGAGGCGGGUCACCACGGCAACAACGGCAUCCCCGGCGCCGGCGGCAACCAGGGCGGCAAUGGCGGCAAGAAGAAGAAGCGCAUGCAGCGGAUGGACCGCAGCAUCCUGGGCUUCAGCGUCAGUCCGACCGCCCGCAUCAACAUGGGGGAGAUCGAGACCCUGGACGAUUGACCUUUGAACCCAGAUCCCUCCCCCCUCUCUCUUUGCCUUGCAGCUCUCUUUGAAUCGACCUUGUACACAAAUGCAAAACCCGUGGAAGUGAAGGAAUACAUGUAAGCCGGCACCAUCGGACUAGGCUAAUGCCGCCGAGAUCACAAAAAUAUCCCAAUUCUUCACAAAUAUCCGGAAUGCUUCGUGUCAAGUUACGGCUACGCAUACCAUCAGUCCGCUGUCAUUUUUUUUUUUUGGACCACGAGCUUGAGGUGAUUUCUCCUGACACAGGCUUGAAAAUUACGACUGUCGUCUGAUUUCAAAGACACAAGCCUGGUUUUAAAUGGUGUCGGCCUAUGUGCAGCGUUUUCUGAAUAAAUGAUACGGUACUUCUUUUUUUUUUUUCCUUGCUCUUUCUCAGACAUGUGGUGCCUUAUUGCACAUUUCAACGGUUGAAUUCCAGACUACUUCUUACAAUCUUGCUCAUCACAAAUUUUGUUCAUGUGGUGAUGGCAGUGAUAGGUUAGAGUUGAUCUCCUGAAGGCACAGGUUCUGGGUUUUGAAUCCAAGUUGGGUAAAAACAGAACGCCAAACUUAAUUUCCCCCUGUGUAAAAACGACUUCCACCGUGAGGGUUAAUUGAUGUUGGCACGGAGCAGAAAAAUGGUUCUCGUUCCGUAAGAAACUGUUGCAGCUAGUGAAAGCUGCGAUUGGCCUUUUUUCUUUCCUGCUCCGUUUGGAUUUUGGCAAUAUCCGCAAAUGCCUUUGAUGUGUCAGGAUGCGAGACAUGAUUGCUGCUGUCUUACGUGAGCAUACAAAGAUGGGUGCUCGUUCAGAUUUUCAGAGCACCCUUAAAUUUAUUAAUUAACCGGCAUGUUGUGGAGUCGGCUAAUUUAGUUUGGCAAAGUGAGCACGACUUCAACACCAGUCAAGCCCCGUGUCUUGCGGUUUGUGUAAAACGUUUAUGUUGGGCUCGUUGGUAAAGUCUAUAACUUGAAAAGCUAAUAUCUUAAGACAGUGAAUGCAGCUGCAGGGUUCACUCGGACAGAAAAAACUGAGGAAAGAAGAGAACGAUUGACAAGGGGAAAAAAAUGAUCUGGGUCAAAACUACUGUUCUACUAUAUGAGCCAUCGUAACUCAAAUUAGUAGUUUUUUGCUUGGUAAAGCAUAUGUAGAUUGAAUCCCAGAACAGUCAUUUGUCUUGGAACUUACAAAGAAACAGGGUGUACGUGAGAGGGUUGCAGCUGCGUGGACUGUCAUGAGAUCGUUGUAUCAAAUGACCUAAAAAUUGUUGUAUCUUUGUUUUUGGGUGUUUUGUUUUUUUCAAGAGUAUGUUGCUCAGAACACCUAAGGAAUAUUGAUAAUCAUAACAUGUCCAGUUUUUUGGAGUCGUUCUGUGAAACUAGUCUCCAUUUUACCGUGGAACCCCAACUGCACAUUUUCAAUGUGUCUUUUGUAUCCACCCCUAUUGUGAAAUGGCCUCGUCCCUACUUUGGCCUCAAAUGUGCGUGUUAACUGGGUGAGCAGAUUAUUACUGGAGGGGCGUUGAAAUUUGCCAAGUCUCUUAAUGAUGUACAUGCAUAGGCAGCUUUCACUUUUUCAAACGCUCCUGUCCCAAGUUUUGUUUGUACUUCAAAUCUUUCAAUUUAACCCAAGUUCAAAUGUUGGUUGCCCCUCUCUGCCCUCCAUAAUUCCCAAGAUAUUCCUGGAUCUGAUUGCACUUUGCGUGCUUUCAUUGUCAGGCUCGUUCCGUUUCAUACUGGUCCUGUGAAAUGUCGCAGCCAUUUUCAGUUUCGUGUGUGACGAGGGCGUUUCCAAGUAGCAACUCAGCUUGUUUAAUUUCCAUUUGUAACCAGCCCCGCGGUGCAGUGCAUCCUGCGUUUGGCAAAGGGCAAAAGUGACUAGACCUUGUAAAAAAAAUGAGUCUCAAGUCGCCAGCCAUGAAGAGAAUCUUGCUUUAUAUCGUUGGGAAGGAUGCCAAACUGAGGGAUAAAUCAAGACAGAUAACUCAAUCAGAAUUUCUAUUGGGGGGAAAGCCCAAAAGACUCAUUUCGUCGGGUCCGGUCUCAAACAUUGAUGAAGUCUCACAAAGAUGAGUGAAUAUGGGUGUUUCACAGUAGUGAGCUGCCAAGAGUUUGAAAUGCGUCGGCCAAUCACAAUGUGCGAAACAGGUCGACCCUUUCCAAAAGCGCAUUGCCAGUCGACACCUCCGCACUUAUAAACCUAUUCAGAUGCGCAUUUCCCACGAUGGCAACCGCGGUGCAAACCUUGGAGGCGCACUCUUGCCGAACACCCGUGUUGUCAUGUUUUUUUCAUCUAUUAGGCCCUUCACUCGUGCAUAGUUGGCCAAGAUGGCAGUGCCUGUCGUCAUUGAAGUAAUGAACAAAACGAUUGAUUUGUUUAAGUUUUUCAAAUGUUUGAAUGAAGGAAGCUGGUAUUGUUGUGCACACGAAGAGAACGACAAACUAGAUACCGUAUACUAAAUGAAUAUGUACGACAUCAGUCCAUUGAAGUUUUUUUUGUGUGUGUUUCUUGUUUUCUCUCCGAAGACUACGAUAUUAAGAGAAAUGGGCCGGAGGUCCAACGUGAAGAGAAAUGUACGUGUACAUAGACAAAAAAAAACAAACAAAUUUAAGACACAUUAAAGACAUACACUUUGAAGAAUAUGAAA